AUGAGAAAGCAACCGGACACCAAGGAGAGAGGACAACCAGACCAGAGAUCAUCCGGCCGACGGGAGGCCGCAGCACCACAGUUGGCCCCAACCAACUCUCCCACGAAGCGAGCUGAAAUGCUACAGAUGCGGAGGGAUAUGCCACAUGGCAUUGGAUUGUGCGACCCCAGCCCUGAAACCCAAGCCAUAGCCACCACCCAGGGCACGACCGGAAUGAGGCCCCAGACGUGCCGCCGAUAUAUCCCGAAAAGCCCUCAAGGCUGUAGAAGCCACUCCCCACCCAGCAGAAGGGGAUGGGGAACUCCAGCAAAUGAUGACCAAUCGCCAAAUCCCUAUGACAGCAAAGAUGAAGGCGAAAAUGACCCAAUGACCUCCCGGAAAUUGAACCAAUGCNCAUAUGAUCAUGUCAACAAGAUCCGAGCUGCAAUCAAAAAGAUCAGUCCUUUUGAGCACCAGACAUACUGCCAACGCACACUGCGAGAGAUCAAGAUACUCCUGCGCUUCAAACAUGAAAAUGUCAUUGGCAUUAAUGACAUUCUUCGUGCACCUACCAUUGAUCAGAUGCGUGAUGUAUAUAUAGUUCAGGAUUUGAUGGAGACCGAUCUCUAUAAGCUUCUGAAGACCCAGCAGCUCAGCAAUGACCAUAUCUGCUACUUUCUCUAUCAGAUUCUUCGAGGGCUGAAAUACAUUCACUCUGCCAAUGUGCUUCACCGGGAUUUGAAACCAAGCAAUCUUCUCAUCAACACCACAUGUGACCUGAAGAUCUGUGAUUUUGGCUUAGCCCGAAUUGCUGAUCCAGACCACGAUCACACAGGAUUCUUAACAGAGUAUGUUGCCACUCGCUGGUAUCGAGCUCCUGAAAUCAUGCUUAAUUCCAAG